GAGGGAGGUUCGGGGCGGGGCCCGUGGCCGGUAGUUCCUCGUCUGCGCGAAGAUGGUGGAGGCGGAGAGCAUCCGCGUGGUGCACUGUGGCGGCAGCGAGUUGAGCUUCAGGAGAGCGGUGUUCUCUGCGGAUUCUAAGUAUAUCUUCUGUGUCUCUGGGGACUUUGUUAAAGUUUAUAGCACAACUACAGAAGAGUGUGUCCAUGUACUGCAUGGGCACAGAAAUCUGGUGACAGGAAUCCAGCUCAACCCCAACAAUCAUCUGCAGCUGUAUUCUUGUUCCUUCGAUGGCACAAUUAAACUGUGGGACUAUCUUGAUGGCAUUUUGAUAAAGACUUUCCUUGUUGGACAUAAACUCCAUGCCCUCUUUACUCUUGCCCAUGCCGAGGAUUCUGUCUUUGUUAUAAUAAAUGAAGAAAAACCAGAUAUAUUUCAGCUGGCUUCAGUGAAACUGCCAAAAUCAUCAAGUCAGGAAACAGAAGCUAAGGAAUUAUCCUUUGUUUUGGAUUAUGUAAACCAGUCACCCAAGUGCAUUGCUUUUGGAAAUGAGGGAGAAUAUGUUGCUGCAGUACGGGAUUUUUACUUGUCUGUUUAUUUUUUAAAAAAGAAAACAACAUCAAGGUUUACUUUAUCAUCAUCAGGAAAUAAGAAAAAUGCUAAGAACAAUUUCACAUGUGUAGCAUGCCACCCAAAGGAAGAUUGCAUCGCAUCUGGUCACAUGGAUGGCAAAAUUCGUCUUUGGAGGAAUUUUGGUGAUGAGAAGAAAUACAUGUACACAUGUUUACAUUGGCACCAUGAUAUGGUUAUGGAUUUGGCUUUUUCAGUGACAGGCACCAGUCUGCUGAGCGGUGGGCGUGAGUGUGUACUUGUAGAAUGGCGUGAUGCAACAGAGAAGAAUAAGGAGUUUCUCCCUCGGUUAGGAGCUACUAUCGAACAUAUCUCCGUGUCACCUGCAGGAGAUUUAUUCUGUACUUCUCACUCUGAUAACAAGAUAACAGUUAUUCACCGAAACCUUGAUGUAUCUGCAGUAAUUCAAGGCCUAGUAAAAGAUAGGAGUAUUUUUACUGGUUUGAUGAUUGACCCAAGGACUAAAGCAUUAGUUUUGAAUGGAAAACCUGGUCACCUGCAGUUUUAUUCUCUCCAGAGUGAUAAACAGUUAUAUAAUUUAGAUAUUAUACAGCAAGAAUACAUCAAUGAUGAUGAUCUGAUCCAAAUUGAACUAACAAAGGCUGCAUUUGGCUGCUUUGGUAAAUGGCUUGCAACAGUGGAACAACGACAAGAAAAAGAAAGUGAACUUGAAUUACAAAUGAAACUGUGGAUCUAUAAUAAGAAAACACAAGGAUUCAUUCUCAACACGAAGAUUACCAUGCCACAUGAUGACCACAUCACAGCUCUCUGUUUCUGUAAUACAGAAAAAACUGAAAAACCUUUAACCUUGGUUACAGCGAGCAAGGAUGGUCACUUCAAAGUAUGGAUAUUGGCAGAUGAUUCUGACAUAUAUCAAAAGGCUGUUGGCUGGACCUGUGAUUUUGUGGGUAGUUAUCACAAGUAUCAAGCAACUAACUGUUGUUUCUCUGAAGAUGGUUCUUUACUAGCAGUUAGUUUUGAGGAAACAGUUACAAUAUGGGAUUCAGAAACAUGGGAACUUAAAUGUACAUUUUGCCAGCGGGCUGGGAACAUAAGGCACCUUUGCUUUGGGAGAUUGACCUGUUCAAAGUAUCUUCUUGGCUCUACUGAACAUGGCAUUCUUUGCUGUUGGAAUCUGCUCAGUUGUGCAUUGGAAUGGAGUGCAAAAUUAAAUAUUAAAGUUAUGGAACCUGAUCCUAAUUCAGAGAAUAUUGCUGCAGUCUCUCAGUCUUCAGUGGGUUCAGACUUGUUUGUAUUUAAACCUGCUGAGCCAAGGCCAUUGUACAUUCAAAAGAAUAUCUCCAGAGAGGAAGUCCAGUGGGGAGUGUUUGUUCCACGAGAUGUCCCUGAAUCAUUCACCUCAGAAGCUUACCAGUGGCUGAACAGAUCCCAGUUUUACUUCCUAACAAAAUCACAGAGUUUAUUGACAUUCAGUACAAAGUCUCCAGAAGAAAAACUCACACCAACAAGCAAACAGCUGCUAGCAGAAGAAAGUCUUCCGACAACCCCAUUUUAUUUCAUACUGGGAAAGCACAGACAGCAACAGGAUGAGAGGUCAAAUGAAACUGCAGAGAAUGAACUGGUACAGCUACCCCUAACAGAGAACCUACCUGCAAUUAAUGAGCUUCUCCACACACCAGCCCAUGUGCUGCCAUCUGCUUCUUUCCUGUGCUCCAUAUUUGUGAAUUCACUGUUGCUGUCUAAAGAGACUAAAAGUGCUGAAGAAAUUCCUGAUGAUGUAGAUAUGGAAAAAGAAAAGGAAAGUGAUGAUUCAGAUGAAGAAAAUGACUUCACUGAACAGGUCCAAGAUACAAAUAACACAGAUUUGGGAGAUGACAUUAUCCAUCAGUGGUCAAAAUCUGAAGAAAAAGAACUGAGAAAGUUCAGGAAAAUAGACUAUAGCUGGAUGGCUGCUUUUUAGGCCUUGGGCAUAGGAUGGUGUGGGAGGUCUUGGACUUUGUGUUUUUUAUUAUAUAUUGAUAUUCCAAAAAAUUUUAAUAUUAUUUCUGUUCUUAAAGUGCUAAGUAUUUACAAGCUUUGCUUUUUAAAAAACAGAU